UCGCCUCCCUCUCCCUCCUCUCUGCUCUGCCUCAUCGUCUCCCUCACCGGCCACCCCACCUGCUCGCUCACCACCGCCGCCUCCCUCUCUUCUCCUGCUUGCUUCUGGCUCGGAUGGAGCAAGGCCGUAGUGAAGCCGCCGUCGCGGGCGGAGAUCUGCAGAAGACGGGCGCGGAGACCGUGGCAGCUGCCGUGCAGACCCUCGUCGGCGGUGCGGGUGCAGGAGGUGUUGCAUCCCCACGCGCUGGAUCGGUCGCUGCGGCGGCGGAUGUGGAGGAGAAGAAGGUGGCCGUGGCGGACUUCGCCGUGCCAGAGCUUGGCAUGACGGCGUCGAGCGGCCCGUCUCAUGGACCUGCGGAGGCCGGCGGCGAGCACGUGGACCUGCAGAAUGAGGAAGCUGCUGGCAACAAGAGGAAGCUGGACAUCGCUGGGUUCAACGACUCGUCUGAUUCUGACGAUGACGAGGAGUACAACUCUGGAGAUGAGGUGGAAGAGUGGAACCACGAGUCCUUCAUUGAGCAUGAAGCCAACAAGAUCAGGGAGAAGGGGAAGGCGGCGUACUACGAGUGGGGCAAGUUCAGGUGCCCAUACUGCACCACUAAGCCAAUUCCCAAGGAUGGGCUGUAUGAGCACCUUAUGUCGCAUGCACGCGGUUUAAAGACGAGUGGGAGCGACGUGAAGAUCAGGGCAGAGCAUGCAGCCCUCCUGAAGGCUAUGGGUCCCAUCUAGUCACCCUCUGUGAAGCUGGUAGUGGUACUAAUCAUCAGUAUAGUUGAUGAUGUUUAACUUUUGCGCUAGUAUGGUUGUGAACUGUGAAUCUGGAAGGUGGGAAGUGUUUGUGAACUGUUAAGUAGUAUGGCAGACUCUUAAGUAUCACAGAGACUUAAUUAAUCUAGUAUGUCUCUGAAGUAUAUCAACUGUCUAGAUGCAGGACAGCUAUGCUUUGUUGCAGUGUUUAUAUUCUGAUGCUGCAAUGA